AUGGGUGCCUCGUUGUGCUGCCCGGCAACUGAAGACUGCGUGCUAACAGUACCUGCCUAUGGCUCUGUGUUUCGCCGAAUAAGUGUGCGCGGUGCUGACGUCCAGUCAACCGUACAUGAAUGUCGGUAUCCUCUUUGGGCCGUUAAAGUCUCGGACUUCCUCCGAAUGAGCGGUAAACCUCAAGCCCAUAGCAUUUUGCUGGAGAGGGGUUUGCUGUACAAGUGGUUCCCAGGCAUGUUCUUGAUUUUCGUCUCGCAUCAGUGGCUGAGCAAAGAGCAUCCGGACCCGGAAGGACACCAACUAGAAGUUCUUCAGAAGGCAAUUCGAGGGGUCAUCGGUGGCUCACUGCAGGUGCACGAGGACAUAGCUUGCCGGACCGCAGACAACAGCCUCUCAGCAAGCACACGCCAGCAGAUUGCCGAAGGCUACAUCUUUCUCGACUGGUUCGCAAUCCCACAAAUUACGGUGCGUUCAGAAGGAGUGAAUGAAGAGACCACGAAGACGGAUGCAGCUUUGGCGGUUCAAAGCAUUCCAGCCUAUGUGGAGCUGUCCAAUAUAUUUGUCGCAUUGGUCCCGGAGUUGACUCACAGAGACUCGAAGCUCUUGGCGAAUUACUCAACGUGGCUUUCCCGAGGGUGGUGUCGCGCUGAACUGUGGUGUCGCUUAUUGUCAAACAAAACCGACACCACAGUCAUUGUCGUCUACUCAAACGUGCAGGCCGAGUUCAUGUAUCCGUUAGAUUGGCAGAGCAACAGCAUCGCCAAAGGCGAGUUCACAGUGGAAGCAGACCGCGCGCAGGCAGUGGAGUUGUCACAGAUGGCCUUGGAGAAGAAGAUCCAGCACCUUCAAGAACGGGGUCCUUUGAGUCACCACCGUUUUUACACGGCCUUGUGGUUGAAGCUCCAUGGAACACAGGGCAGAGAUCUCCAGAGCUUCUUAUCGCACUUCGGCUUUGAUUCCUUGCAGGAUGCGGCUAGAGACAAGGCAAGCAUGAAUGCCUUAAUAUGUGCAGUUUUCUCCGGCGAUGCGGGCAUGGUUCGCCUGCUUGCCGAAAGUCGUGCAGACACGAAUCAUGUACUUACGGGUUUGACGGAACUGGGGUAUUAUGACUCUGAGACGGCACUUAUGGCAGCUAUGAAGUCAGGGCAAGGACCAGAGGUCUUGACAGCAUUGAUCGAGCAUCGUGCAGAUGUCAAUAAGAAGGAUGGGCGGGGCCUGCCGCCCCUUUACAUGAGUCGCACCCCAGAGCAUGUGCAAGUGUUGCUGGACAACCGAGCCGAAAUGCCACCUUUCGUUUUGGAAGGUCCCGCGGCUUUCGGUAACACGGAGACAGUUCAGGCACUUCUUGCCUACCGUUGCAAUCCCAGUGAGGAUCCUCGGGCUAGCCCACUGCAUGCACUGUCCUUGCUCUCGCGGGGUAAUGGGUGUGUGCUCGAGACUGCCAAGCUUCUCUUGACGAACCGAGCCGACGUGAAUGCACGUGCGGCCCGGCCGAGUGACAACACCAUGUGGCAGUAUCAUUCGGCCCGUGCUCAGGUGGCUGUCCUUGGCUUUACUCGCUGCAGCAUGAUGACCCGCUUGCAGGCCAUCGCCCCGGGCAUUUCGCCUCUGGGCUAUGCCGCCUUGGUAGGGCAUGAGCAGCUUGUGAGACUCUACUUGGAGCACGGAGCAGAGUCAUACCCGAAUGAUGGAGGGGACCUUCCCGAGGAUUUGGCGCGGAAUAAUCACCACUAUCACCUUUUGCCGUUACUGGCGACCUUUGCCACGUAG